AUGGACGAAUCUGUCAGAUCUCGGGUGCAGCCAGCCGCCCCAACAAAGCGCUCAGGGCUGAAUGGAAAUCCAGCUGCUGAACCACGCGAUAAAGCCACCAACAAUGGCUCGGCAAAGCCUUCAUCCAGAGUUCCGAGCAUUGAGAAAGUUGACGUCGCCGCAGCCUCGACCGGCAAAGGGGGUGGCGCGUUGAGGUCAAUCGACCAAAAGUUUGAAGUGAAUCCAUGCAACGGAACCCUGGCGUUGAGUCUCACGCUUCCUGUGACGUCGGGUCGAGACGAAUGUCAGCCAACCUUGAGCCUGUCAUACAACUCGGGCAGCGGCAAUGGCCCCUUUGGCAUCGGCUGGAGCCUCUCACUGGGCAGCAUCACGCGCAAGACGACGCAGGGGAUCCCCCAGUACGAGAAUUCCGACACGUUCUUGCUCUCUGGCCUUGAUGAUCUAGUUGAAGAUGGUUGCGCAUUCGCCUACUCGGGGUCGCUUGGGAAAUACACGGUACAGAGAUACCGCUCGAGGGUGGAAAUCGGCGGAGCCGCGAUGCGCAUCGAAAAGUUCACGCAUCAUCUCGACCAGCACGACGUCUUUUGGAGAACCAUCUCUCCUGCCAACGUCACGAGUCUCUACGGCCGCCAGGACCAAUCACGAAUCAUGGACGUCGCAGGCGAUGGUGGCCCACCACGCAUCUUCACCUGGCUUCUUUGCGAAGUCUACGAUCCCAACGGCAAUGCGAUGCUACUCACGUACCUGGAGGAGAAUGACGAGGGCGUGCGCGGUACCGAUGGCUGCCUACCCGUCCAUGAGAUCUCCAGAAACCCAUCUGCCCGCACACGCGCGCGAUACAUCAAGUCCAUCAAAUAUGGCAACAUUUCUGUCGCCAGAGAUCUAACAACGUGGCAGAUCACUCCACUCCCUGCUGACCACAAGUGGAUGUUCGAGGUGGUAUUCGACUAUGGCGACCACGACAGCGAAAUCCCGACAUCCGAGCCUGCCAUGCCGUGGCCUGUGCGGAAAGACGCAUUCUCCCACUACUCGAGUGGCUUUGAGAUUCGAACUUACCGCCUUUGCAAGCGAAUUCUGCUGUUCCACCAUUUCGAAGACAAGUUGCCACGAAAGGAUUAUUUGGUUUCCUCGUACAGCCUGCAAUACGAUGAGAAUGCCGCGGGAUCACUCCUCAGAUCCUUGAUGACUGCAGGCCACGUGUGGGAUGAGGAAAGAGAUAUCUACCAGCAACAAGACCUCGCGCCUCACACUUUUGCAUAUUCCAACGCGGCAUCGCUCGACUCACUACACUUGCAAACGAUGAAGCCGGACUGUCUGCAGGGUCUGCUCACCAGCAACGAAAAGUUCCAGACUCGAUGGGUUGAUUUGAAUGGCGAAGGUGCGCCAGGCCUGCUGGUUCAGCGUGAUGGGGCUUGGUAUUACCAGCGGAACGAGAAUGCACUCGACAUGGGCGGCCUCAGCGAUGGUGGAGGCGAGACUGAAAGCAGCGAGGACAGCGAUGAUGGGGAACCAGCAGAAAGUCCAAAAGCGGACAGAGACUUUGGAUCCGUUCGGGUCGUCAACGCUUUCCCUGCUGUGGGAGACUACUCAACCUCGUACCUGGAGGACCUCGACGGCAAUGGGCAACAAGACCUUGUCAUAUGCGAUCUGAAGGGUCGUGCUGCUGGUUAUUUCGAGUGUGAUUCGACCGACGAGUGGCAGAGCUUCAGGGAGUUCCCAACUUGUUUAACCUUUAACAUCAAUGGCGAUUCCGUGCAUCGGCUAGAUCUUACAGGAAAUGGCCUCAGUGACGUGCUUUACCGAGCGGAGGAUGGGUUCAUCUGGUUUCCAUCACUGGGCAAAGAGGGAUAUGAUCUAGAGCGUCGUUGCCAAGGGAUAGACGCCAUCGACAUGUUCGUCUCCCACGACAAGAGGAGUGCUGUCUUCCUCACCGAUGUCACUGGUGAUGGAUUGACCGACAUUGUCAAGGUCUCGAAUGGGAGUAUCUCAUACUGUCCCAACUUGGGCCACGGGCGUUUUGGAUCAGAGUUGAGCAUGAGCAACCCACCAUUGUUUGACUCGGACGACCAAUUUUCCUUUGAAAGGCUUAAUCUCCUCGACAUUGACGGCAGUGGGACGACGGACCUGCUGUAUCUCACGGCCGAUGGUGGUAUUAACAUUUAUUUCAACCAGUGCGGCAAUGAAUGGUCUGAUAAGCUCUCCCUCGAUUGCUUCGUGAGAACUGAUAACCUAUCCUCCGUCUUUACACUUGAUCUUUUGGGUAAUGGAACCUCAUGCCUGUGUUGGGCCGGACCUGAUGCUGCUGCACCCGACGAGCUCGUCAUAUCCUACCUCGACUUGACUGGCGGUGUCAAGCCACAUCUCCUGAAAUUCUGGUCAACCGGAACUGGCUUGACCACGUCGAUCAAAUACACUCCAUCCACGCGUUUCUACCUUCAAGACGAGAGACAAGGUAGGCCAUGGAAAACUAAACUCCCAUUUCCAGUACAUACGGUCAGUCGCAUUGUCGAGAGAGACGAGAUCGCGUCAUCAACCCACACCACAAGGUUUCGCUACCACGAUGGCUAUUACGACGGAGCCGAACGGGAAUUCCGAGGCUUUGGCGCCGUCGAGAAGUGGGAAACUGACAAUUUCACCGUGACGCGGGGAAAGAAGAGCCUACAGACACCAACGACCUACACCAAGAUGUUCUAUCAUACCGGGGCGGUGGAAAUGGGUCUUGCUCCCUCCGGACCCGACAUGUGGAGCGAGGCCCGCUUGGCCUCUGUCAUUGUUCCGAGCCUCAAGAGUGACCAGUGGUACGAGGCAUAUCGAGCUCUCAAGGGAAGCCUGUUGCGUUCCGAGGUUUAUGGAGCUGACGGAUCUGACGCGGCCGAUGUCCCUUACAUCAUCCGCGAGACCUCUUUCGACGUCAAACUUGUCAUUCCGGACGCAGAGCGGAGAGCCGAGACUUCAUCUCCCCUUGUCUAUCGAGUAGAGCCAAGGGAAUCGCUCACUGAACAUCUAGAAAGACUUCGAGAUGAGUCACGGCUCGUGCACGAGCUUGCGCUGGAGACAAACACAUAUGGAGAUACAACCAAAUCCCUCAUAGUUCAAUACGGCAGGCAACAGAGCUCCCUGACAACGCCUCAAUCCUGUGCUGCUCAGAAGAAAUCCCACAUCACCUACACCGAGAAGACCUUUACCAACGCAAUCGACGACAACGUCGACGUUGACAACUACUACAAACCCAUGCCCUCUUCCACGGGUAUUUUCCAUCUAGAAGAUAGCCCCGUGGCGAAUCGCUUCCUGGACAUUGAAGAAAUCCGAUACCGCGGCAUCGCCGUUCUCGGAGGCAGCAAGCACAUGGGCCACAUGACGAGGACUUACUAUCGAAGCGCAGACCUAAAACGCCCUCUGCGCCUUCACGCUGUGGAAACCUUUUCCCGCUUAGACCGGGAGUGUGUCUUUGCCAUGGACCAGACUAUAAUCGACUCUCUCUCUGCGCAGAAAGAUGUCACUUUCCGCAAGGUUUCUCCUCGCAACCUUUUAUACAAAAGCGGUGGGUACGUUCAGCUGGAUCGCGAUAAGUGUGCUUGGAUUCCCUCGGCUGAGGCGCUGUGGGAUAUCAAGGGAAAGUCGGACAGUGGAAACGAUUACGACGCAGAUGAGACCCUACGGGCCGCACGCAAGUCAUUCUUCAUUCCCAAAAGGUCUCGCGAUGCCUUUGGCCACGUGUCUGAGGUCAUCAUGGACGAAUUUCAAAGGUUGCCAAUCGAGACUAUCGAUCCUGCAGGGAAUCGCAUGAGGGCUGUCUACGACUAUAGGGUCAUGCAGCCGACUAUCUUGACGGAUGUGAAUGGAAAUCGAGUCUCGGUCGUCUAUGACGGUCUGGGUGAUACUGCUGCGGUUGCACAAAUGGGGAAGAGUGGAGAGGCACUUGGCGAUUCUGUCGAGGAUAUUCCCAGCGUGCUUUCCGACGAGGACUUGCUGGCUUUCAUGAAAGGAGCGUCUCGUGAGAUGGCGAUGCGACUUGUUGGGAAGGCUGGGAGUCGGACGAUCUCGUCGAGGAAAAGACUGAAGUUAUCGGUGUCUGGAUCCUCGCCGGUCGAGUUGCCAACUUUUCGAUUGAACCUCUCCCGAACCAGCCAUGCCAUCUCGCCUGAUGCAGGCACUGGGGACGUCACGGUGGAAGUCUUUUACUACGAUGGUCGGGGAUCGGUCAGCCAGAAGUUGAAUCUGACGCACUGGCCCACUAGCGACAACAAGGAGCACGAGUGGUGUUUGAGCAAGAGCGUCGUCAACGACUCCUCUGGCAAAGCGGUGAUAGUGUCGAAACCUUUCUUCUCCAGCGAUCAUGUAUGGAAGCCCCUGCUGGACCACACUGGGCACCUCACCUUCUCGUUCAGGGAUGCAUUGGGCCGCAAUGUUGGGAUACUCCAACCAGACCACACAUGGACCAAGCAAUGCUUUACCCCGUGGUCCAGCACCUCAUACGAUGCUGGGGACACCUGUCUUGUAACAGACGCCCGGACAGACCCAGAUGUUGGCUUCCAUUUCCAAAGAAUGUCUACUGAGCUCUUCAUGCCAUCUUGGUAUGAGCUUCGCGUUCAGUCCGAGGACAAGCGGUUGCAGCAGAGUGCUCACAAAUCAGCCCAGUACGCCAACAAGCCUUCCACCACCCAUCACGACAGCCGCGGGAAGGUCAUCGAAGCAGUGGAGAUGGGCGAUGCCUACACACGUACCCUUUGCUCAGCCUACGACGUUUUCGGAUACAAGACAGCCCAAUAUGAUGCCCUGAAUCGACUGGUGGAGUCUUACGAUUUGUAUUUACUGGAUCAACCCCUGGUUCGGCGCAAUAUGGAGUCUGGCGCCAUAGUAACCAUCAUCACUAGCGCCGGACAGCCUCUGCUCACAAGCGAUAGCGCAGGCAGACAGACUCGUUUUGUCUACGAUUCUCUGGGGAGGAAGACAGACACCUGGGUCAUGCAAAAUUGCGAGGCUGCCCAGGAGGUGCUUUGGAGCCAAUACGUGUACGGCGAGGCCACGUUGGAUCCGGAGCCAAACAACCUUCGUGGUCAGGUCUUUGAGAUCCGCGAUCAGUCUGGUAUCCGCAGAAAUACCUCGUUUGACUUCAAGGGUAAUUGUCUGUCUUUUGAUAAUCAUUUGGCUGUCGAAUACCAGACCAUGUUGAAUUGGCGAGGUCAUGUCCCGGUGGAGGAAAAGGCUUAUACGACGAGGAAUGUAUUUGACGCUCUCAAUCGCAACACAAUGAUGUGCGACGCCACUGGUCGGGUUCAUGUACGCACCUUUGAUCUUGUCGGAAAUACUCAAACGCUCUCCUCUUUCGUGGCACCAAGCGACGACAACUCGCAAUCACCUUUUGUUCCGAUGCCGCCGAAAAGUGGCACUGACUACCAUAUCGCCAAAGCCAUGUACGCCGCAGAUGGACAACCCUUACGAGUCGACUUUGGUAACAAAUCUCACUCCACCUACACGUACGAUGAGUCGACAGGUCAGGUGGUGCGGCGACGGACAUGGAGGGACGACCGUGCAGUUCUUGAAGACUUGACCACAACAUACGAUUGCUUGUGCCGCAUUUCAUGCAGUCAAGAUCGUGCUCAACAGACACUCUUCUUCAGAAACAAAAUGGUUGAGCCUUUGAAAGAGUUCUUCUACGAUACAUUUGGGCGACUCAGUAGAGCGACGGGGCGGGAGACGCUUGAUGCAGGGGGCAACACUACACGCAGCUUGCGCCAGGUCUCGGCUUCUAGUGCCCUCGUCACACAAUCUCUAGGCCCAGGACAGUCCAGCGAUGUUUGCGACUACGUCGAACACUACGUCUACGAUGAUGCGGACAAUUUGAGGCUUGUGCGACAUGAAGUUCUGGACAAGUCGCUGCAAGGCUGGACUCGGUUUUACACCUAUAAAGAACCCUCUCUGCUCGAAUCGUCCCAGUACAGCAACCGUCUGAGCCAGACACGCAUUGGCAGUCUCAUUGAGCGGUACGGCUAUGAUGGUGCCAACGGUCAAGUCGGAUGUAUGACGCACAUGACAGGCUUUUCGAGGCUGCAGUGGGAUCACCGCAACAAAUUGCAAUGUACAGCACGGCAGAAAGUGAACGCUGGAGUUCCCGAGAUGACAUGGUAUGUCUACGACGACAGCGGGAAGCGCGUGCGCAAAGUCACGACGCGUGCUUCCGGGGGAUCAGGUGACAACACGAAAAGCACGAAACGCAAGGAGACGAUCUAUCUUGACUCUUUGGAAAUCUACCAUGUCUACAAACAAGAUGGUUCCACAAUCAAGACAACCACCAACACCUCGACGGUGGGCUCGAGUACCGAUCCCGAGGUCCCGGCCGUCGUGAGCAUCGAGGACGUCAAGGUUGCUACCGACUCUGUUGAGAUUGACAGUGAUGAUUGCGGUGAUUCCGACGAUGACGACAGCAAACGAAAACCACGCCCCGAGCCAAAUAAACCAUUACUUCGAUAUCAUGUCAACACGAAUCUAGAAACAGAUGACAAGGGCCAGAUCAUCUCUUACGAAGAGUACACGCCGUUCGGAGUUUCAGUGCUACUCAUGUGCAGAGCUCAAAUUGAAGCGCCCCGCCGUUACCGAUUCGCAUCCUAUCACCGCGACCACGAGACCGGAUUGUACGCCUGCGGCGCUAGGUACUAUGCCUCGUGGCUUGGUCGUUGGACAUCCCCUGAUCCGCUGGGCAUGGUGGACGGACCCAACCUGUACGCCUACGUCAGCAACGAGCCAGUCAACUACUUUGAUCCUGGCGGCACAAUGAGAAGAGCCUCUGGAGGGGCGCCACUGCCAACGGCACCGACGUCGGCACCGAACGGGAUCAACGGCAGAGUCGCGGGCCCCCCGAACAACAACCAAGUGACCAUAAGUCCUGAAGAGCGCGCACGUAUACACCAGCAGUACCAGAGGAACCAGCAAGCGCAGAAAUCCUAUAUAAGACAGGGCAUGGAGAACAUCUGGAAGAAUAAGAAGGAAUACGCCAUUAAAGGCGCUGGCGCUGGUGCGGGUUAUUACUUUGGCGGCCCUUUGGGCGGGUACCUCGGGACCGCUGUCAAGACUGCAUUCAGUUGGGGUGCGGGCCACAUUGCAGGGCGCGUGACGCAGGGUAGGCAGGAUGUUGAGAAUAUGAAUAAUGGGGCCGAUUUAUACAGGAGCGCUCUGGCGGACGGGCCCAACCGGUCAGCGGACUACACUGUGCUGGAAAUUCCCGAUCCCGUCGAGCAGGACGACCAGGCAAAUUCAAACUUGGAGGUCGGGCCCCGAGAGGAUCAAUAUCCUGGGGCCAAUGUCAGGGCUGAGGGAGCGAAUGCUCCUGAGCAACUACGUGCACACACAAUCUUGGACAUUCCUUCAGAUGCUAACGCGAACAAUGCCGCUCAAAGAAAUGUCGCCGAAAGUCAUAGGAUCAAUAACGCUGUUCGCCAAGACAAGCCUGACCCCUAG